AUGCACACAGAUACAGUGAAGAAGCGGUACAGAACCCCACGGGUAUCAGUGGACGUCUAUGGAUUAACAGGACGACAAUUUGUGGGAUUCGUAUCAGAUCUUCUGAUGGCUCACAUUGAAAAUGCAACUCAACUUCCAAGGCCUCACAGUGGAGAGCCGCAAUGCAAGCUAGCUGUCUUUAUUGACGCGCUACUCAGCAGAUCUGUUGCACCCCGGCAAUGCUACGUAUAUGCAAUAAUAUUACUCCGGCGGUUCAUGAGUCGCAAUCGCUUCUAUCCCCUUACAAUCAAUAAUGUAUACCGUAUUAUGCUGACCAGCGUUAUUAUUAGCUCCCGCCUCCUGAUUGAUAAUCCACCUACACUCGAGCAAUGGAACGAGUUGUCACUUUCACACUACGGACCCGAUAUGCUUGCUGUAUUUGAGCAGGAGUACUUGCAGAACAUAGAUUGGGAUACCUUGGUUUCCUUUUCGGAAUACUCUGCCUUUAUGCAGCGUCUAGACGUUCAGGCUGUUCUGAGAGCCUGCAUUCUCGAUAGCAGUCAUCAGAUUUACCACAUUGCCCUCCCUGCAGACGAAAUUACAAGGCUCAGUGCUGUGGAGCCCGUUGUGUUGUUUAAUAACUGA